AUGCUUUCUGUGUGUGGCUCCCUGGUCCCCAUCUCAGCCUCUGGGCUGUUUCUAGUGGCCACUACCUUCUGCCUCGUCUUCUGGCUGGUCAAGAUAUCAAAAUCCCAGGUCCCUAAAGGCCUGAAGAGUCCACCAGGGCCCUGGGGGUGGCCCCUGAUCGGCCAUGUGCUGACCCUGGGGAAGAACCCCCACCUGGCGCUGACCAGGCUGAGCCAGCAGUACGGGGACAUCCUGCAGAUCCGCCUCGGGUCCACCCCCGUGGUGGUGCUGAGCGGCCUGGACACCAUCCGCCAGGCCCUGGUGAAGCAAGGUGAUGAUUUCAAGGGCCGGCCAGAUUUCCACAGCUUUGCAUUCAUCAAUAAUGGUCAAAGCAUGACCUUCAACUCAGACUCUGGCCCCACGUGGGCUGCCCGCCGGCGCCUGGCUCAGAAUGCCCUGAAGAAUUUCUCCGUGGCCACUGACCCCACCUCCGCCUCUUCCUGUUAUCUGGAAGAACAUGUGAGCAAAGAGGCCGAGUACCUCAUCCACAAGUUCCAGGAGCUCAUGGCGGAAGUUGGGCACUUCGAUGCCUAUAGAUAUGUGGUAAUGUCCGUGGCCAAUGUCAUCUGUGCCAUGUGCUUUGGCCGGCGCUACGAUCACGAUGAUGAGCUGCUGCUGAGUCUGGUGAACCUGAAUAAUGAAUUUGGAGAGGUGUUAGCCUCAGGACACCCCGUGGACUUCAUCCCCAUCCUCCGCUACCUGCCCAGCCGCGCCCUCAGGGACUUCAAGGAGCUGAAUAAGAAGUUCUACGUCUUCAUGCAAACCCUGGUCCAGGAACACUAUAGAACAUUCCAGAAGGGCCAUAUCCGGGACAUCACAGACAGUCUCAUCGAGCACUGUCAGGAUAAGAAGCUGGAUGAGAAUGCCAAUAUUCAACUGUCAGACGAGAAAAUAAUCGCCAUUGUGGUGGACCUCUUUGGAGCAGGAUUUGACACUAUCACAACUGCCAUCUCCUGGUGCCUCAUGUACUUGGUGAAGAACCCAGGGAUCCAGAGAAAGAUCCAGAAGGAGCUGGACGCAGUGGUCGGCAGGGAGCGGCGGCCCCGGCUCUCUGACCGACCCCAGCUGCCCUACCUGGAGGCCUUCAUCCUGGAGACGUUCAGACACAGCUCCUUCGUCCCCUUCACCAUCCCCCACAGCACCACAAAACACACAAGUCUGAAUGGCUUUUAUAUCCCCAAGGGGCGAUGCAUCUUUGUGAACCAAUGGCAGAUCAACCACGACCAGAAGCUGUGGGGUGACCCAUCUGAGUUCAGGCCUGAGCGGUUCCUUUCCCCUGAUGGCACUGUGGACAAGGUCCUGAGUGACAAGGUCAUCCUCUUUGGCCUGGGCAAACGGAAAUGUCUUGGGGAGGUCAUCGGCCGCUGGGAGGUCUUCCUCUUUCUAGCCAUUCUGGUCCAGCAGGUGGAAUUCAGCGUGUCACCUGGGAAGAAGGUAGACAUGACCCCCAUCUAUGGGCUGACCAUGAAACAUCGUCGCUGCGAGCAUUUCCAAAUACAGCUGCGCUCUUUUGGGUCCGGGAGCCCUGAUGCCUAG